AUGGAUUUAAAACAGGUAUUACACAUGAAAGGUGGCGACGGAGAAGAAGGUUAUGCAAACAACUCCUUACUUCAGAGAAAGGUUAUUUCUUUGACAAAAUCUCUGAGAGACGAAGCUAUAACCAAUGUCUACCGCAACACAAAGCCAGAAAGCAUAGGAAUUGCAGAUUUGGGUUGUUCUUAUGGCCCAAACACUUUUUUGGUGAUCGCAGAAGCUAUCAAAGCUGUGGAAAAGUUUUGUGAAGAACAGAAACAAAAAUCUCCAGAAUAUAAAGUAUUCUUGAAUGAUCUACCAGGGAACGACUUCAACAAUGUGUUUUUGUCUUUCGACGCGUUCAAGAGAAAUCUUAUUAGUGAAGUGAAAAAUCAAAUGGGUCCUUUAUAUUUCUUUGGAGCUCCUGGUUCCUUUUUCGAUAAGCUUUUUCCUAAUAAAAGUUUGCAUUUUGUACAUUCUUCGUAUAGUCUUCAGUUUCUGUCCAAGGUUCCGGAUGGUGUAGACAACAACAAAGGCAACAUUUACUUGUCUAAGACAAGUCCUCCAAAUGUUUUUAAAGCAUACCUUGAACAAUAUAGAAGUGAUUUUUCUUUCUUUCUAAAGUGUCGUGCUGAAGAAUUAGUUGAAGGGGGUCGUUUGGUUGUAACUUUAAUAGGAAGAAUUGGCGAGGAUCCAGUUUGCAAAGAUUGUUGUGUCGUUUGGGAUACCAUGUCUAUGGGUCUUAAUGAUAUGGUCAAACAGGGAAUCAUAAUAGAAGAAAAUGUGAGCAGUUUCAACAUCCCUAUAUAUUAUCCAUCUGAAGCUGAAGUGAAGAAGGAAAUCGACACACAAGGAUCAUUUGACAUAAAUUAUUUGGAGACUUCUGAAGUGAAUUUCAGUGAGCUUGAUAACUGGGACGGUUCAGAGUUUACAUCUAAAAAGCCUGAAUCAGUCAAAGAUGGUGGACACAAUACAUCAAACUGUUUUAGGGCUGUGGCUGAACCUAUGCUAAUUGGUCAUUUUGGUGAAAGUGUCACUAAAGAGGCUUUUAACCGCUUUAUGAAAAAUGCAGUUGAUCAUAUGCCCAAAGAUAAAACUAAGAUCACCAAUAUUACCAUGUCUUUGACUAGAAAGCCAUGA